GUAAACGGGAGUCUGUUUGUGUUAGACUGUACUUUGAGCAGUUCAAGUUCCAGAGAGCCAAAGGGCACGUAAGGUUAAUAAUUUCAGUAAGUGGCCAAAGUGUCGGAAAAUAUUUUUUGUUUUUUUUUUCUGUUGGUAGGAUUACAUACAAACAUUUAUUUAUAUUUAUAUCGACGAAAGAUCAUAUAACAAUUUUAAGUAAUCAAUUAAGAUAAGAGUCAUUUUUGUGACUACUUGAUAGAGAAUAACACAAAUAUCAGACAAAUCAUACGAAUCCCAUGGCUGCAGCAGAGAUGUUUCUUAAACCGGUGCUUCAGAAACCACCGGGCUACCAUGAGCUUCAUGCGCCUCCUGAAACUCCAAACGCUUUAUCAUCAUCAUCCACGCUUCGUCGCCGGCCACCUAAGCAUAUGAUCCCGCCGUCUUUUUACCCGGAUAAGAAGAAAAAGUGGACUCGUUGCCGAGUCUUUUGCUGCUCCUUCUGCAUCACCCUCGCCAUACUCAUCAUCCUCCUUAUCAUCACUGUCUCCGUCUUCUUCCUAUGGUACAGCCCCAGACUCCCCGUCGUACGCCUCGCCUCCUUCCACGUCAGCGACUUCAACAUUUCCAACGGGAAACCCAGCGACGGUUUGUCGCACUUGACGGCCGAGGCUUCGGCGAGGCUCGACUUCAGAAACCCCAACGGGAAGCUACGGUACUAUUAUGGGGACGCUGACGUGGCGGUGAGCGUAGGAGAUGGCGAUUACGAGACGAGUCUAGGGUCAACGAAAGUCAAAGGUUUUGUGCAAAAGCAGGGGAAUCGGACGGUUGUGAUCGUUCCGUUUAAACUGAAGAGACAAGAGGUGGAUGAUCCGACGGUGAAGAGGUUUCGUGCGGAGAUAAAGAGCAAGAAGUUGGUGGUAAAGGUGACAGCUAAGACGAAGGUGGGAUUGGCUGUGGGAAAGCAUAAGAUUGUUACGGUGGGGAUUACUCUCAGUUGCGGUGGCGUGACGUUACAGACGCUUGGUAAACAGAUGGCUAAAUGCACCAUCAAAUUGCUUAAAUGGAUUAAAUUGCACUCAUAAGCAAUGAUCAUGAUGAUUCAUUUUUCAUCGAAGAUUCAUCAGAACGUUAUACGACUCGCAAGUGUUCAGGCUUCACAAAAGUCUCACCUUAUCUGAUUUUUGUUUUCCUUACUGUUUUUACUGAAAGCUUUCAUAUAAAGAUUUCAUUGAUUUGUGAUCCAAUAUCAAACCAUUUUUCAAUCAGUUUAAUUUCGAUUGAUUAUAAAUAUG